GUUCAGAAAACUGUCUUGAACAGAAGCUGAGAACACCUCGUCGACGAUGUCAGCAGCCCAAAAUGCUGAAUAGCCCUGAGGACAACAUGUACUAUAACCAGUUAAAUGGAACUCUAGAAUAUCAAGGGAGCAAGAGGAAGCCAAGAAAACUUGGCCAAAUCAAAGUGCUGGACGGAGAGGAUGAGUAUUACAAAUCACUGUCAGCUGUUGAAUCUAUCCCUGAAGAUGACAGCUUUUGCAGUUCCCCAUCUCCUCCUCCUUCACGAGGUGUGUCUUUUGCUCAAAGCUGAACCUCACUUACUCUAUUGACUAAUACUGGUAAGAGUAUUUUCAUGCUGGUAAUCUCUUCCAAUUAACUUUGUGCGUUUGUGUUUAUGUAAUAUAUUAAAAAAUACAAUUUCAGCUAGUAACUUUAUUUCACUAAUUUAGCCCUGGUUUUGCUGCUGUAAAUUGUCCCAUUUAGCUGUAUUUCUAUAAGCAAUUCCAGUAAAGGGGAGCAGCACUACCUGUAUGUGUUGAUGUUGGUAACAGACACGUUUCUUUAGCAGCAAGGUCAGUUUAUACAGUUCCGACCCCUUCUUCCCUGCUCCCCCUCAGCUGCUGUUCCCACCCUGUGCCAUCCCUUCUGUUGUGCUGGCACAACUGCUGGUAGAGCUGUGUGAAAAAUAAGAUCAAGGAAAUGAAAUGGAUUAAAAGAACUCUGUACUAAAAAUUUUCAUCUGGGGUCAUAGUGAAAAUGUUUUGUAUUUCAUUAGACUGGUAUUAAACAUUAUCCUUUAUAACUUUCUGUGCU